CGUUAGAAAUGCAUUUUAUUUCAGGGAUGAUCCAUACUAAUUGGCGGGUCAUUUCAAAAUGGCGGCGCCCGCAAGAAACUUGCAGAACCGCGCAGUGCAGGUCAAUAUGAGUCUGCCGGUGCACCUGACAUCGAGGGACAGUGAACAAUAUCCAGAGUUAGUGAAGCUCCUGAAUGCCCUGUCCCAACACAUCACCGAGAACGGAACCAGCUGCUCAGUCCAAAAGGACCUCAGUCAGGCUGAGGAAUCAUUGAAGAGAGAGAAACAAUUCUAUCUGCAGUUCCACAUCUUGCACCAUGAGCUCCAGGAAUUUAUCAUGGAUCAGGAGAUUGCCGGCCACGAUGUAGCUCCCAGCUCCUCAGCAGCACAGUUACAUGAAGCCAUCAAGCAUUGUCUGUACACAGCAGAGGCAGCUGACUACCUACAUCCUAACCCUACCGCCUCCGAUGAGGCCCAACCCUGCACACUGCUAGGGCUGACUACAGAGCAGCUGCAGAGAGCAAACCCACACCACAAGAGGCUACAGUCCCUCCAGCAGCAGCUGAUCCCGCAGAUUGAGGACCGACUCAGGAAGAAAUGUGAAGAACUGGUCAGCUUCCACCAGUCCCAGCCAGACAGUGAGACUGAUCAGAUGGCAUUUGCAAAGGCUACCAGACUACCGGACCUGCUGCUUAGCCAGUCCAGUCAACUGGAGGAGGAGGAGAGAAAACUCAAGCUUGACCGCGCCCACAGGGACAAGCAGUUCUGGCAGUAUUACCAGGCCCUGAUGGAUUCGCUGGGAGUGCUUGAGCAGUUAAUCACCAAACAUCGUCUGCGUCUGCAGGCCGACAGCGACACUAUCACCAGUAACUGGCUGAGCGCCCGGUGCCAUGCCAUGUGCCUCAAACUCAGAGUGUUUGAAGCCAGACUACUCUGUGAUACAUACACGCCAGAGGUGGUUACUGCCCUAAAGCAAAUCAAACAUCACCUGAACCGAGCCAUCGAGGAGCGAGACAAGGACGUAUCCAGGCUGAGCCAGGCCCUGCAGGCCUAUCAGAGCAUCGGCAUGGGCUUCGAUCAGCUGGUCCGCGAGUACGAACAGCUCCAGGCAGCUAUAGACAACAAGACCUGGGCCCUGACUGAGCUCAAGCAGAGUCUGGUGUCGGACUCUGCUGCCGAGUGGAAGACGGACUGAUAUCAUGAGACAUUUUUGGCCACGCCGCAUCCAAAACUCUGGGCAAGAGCUGUAGUCUAGGUUGAGCCAUAGGUGUGGUCUCCAUUUCGUUUUGCGUUGUACCGUUUGGAGAGGGAUAAAUGAAAUGCUGUUGAAGAAGC